AUGCAUAACAAGAUUGGCUCUCUACCUGUAAGAUCCGACCCAUCCUCCCGACCCAUAUCCCGUCACCACUCCGCGAGCUAUAUUGUUCAUCGGGUCAAAGAAAGCCUCACAACAAGAGUCUCCAAACUCAUAUGUGCCAUCUUCUUGUCUAUUUUGCUAUGUUUAGCCAUUGUUUCUUUCAUCCUAUGGAUCAGUCUACGUCCUCAUCGACCCCGUGUCCACAUACGUGAGUUCUCUCUCCCCGGUUUGGGCAAAACUGACGGUUUCGAGACCUCUCACAUAAGCUUCAAGAUAACGGCUCACAACCCAAACCAAAAUGUGGGCGUUUACUACGACUCCAUGGACGGAUCCGUUUACUACAAAGAGAAACGGUUCGGAUCAACUAAUCUCACUCACCCUUUUUACCAGGAACCGAAGAACACGAGCUUGAUCGAAGGAGUCUUACGUGGUGUUAGGGUUCAAGUUCGUUUUAGAUGUUUGACCUAA